AUGGCCGCCAAUGAAGCUUCGAUUGAAGCGGACAAGAUCACUGCCGUCCAGUCUAGUCCUGCUUCGGUCGCCAGUUCUCCAACCAAUUCCGCCGACCUCGACGACGUCUACCAUCUGUACAAGCGCAGUGAUGAUCAAGAAAUCGACCCGGCCGAAUCCAAAAGGGUGCUGCGAAAGCUUGAUGUGCGAUUAGUCCCUAUCUUGUUUCUCAUCUACUUGCUACAGUAUCUCGACAAAAAUGGCAUCAACUAUGCCAGCGUGUACGGUUUACAAAAGGGCACGAAUCUGCACGGCCAAGAUUACUCCUGGUUAGGCUCCAUCUUCUACUUCGUCGGAAAGGUGAUUGGUGCCACCACAAUUGCCUGGGGUAUUAUCCUGAUCACAACGCCGGCAUGUUCCAGUUUUGCCGGCAUCGCUGUCAACCGCUUUCUGCUAGGCACGUUUGAGGCGGUGGUGAACCCCGGGUUCAUUCUCAUUAUGAGUAUCUGGUACACGUCGCUGGAGCAACCCUUGAGACUGGAGGCCUAUUAUUGCACAAAUGGCAUUGCAACCAUGUUUGGCGGCUUGAUCGGCUAUGCUGUUGGUCAUAUCACAACCGGGCUACCACGCUGGAUGUACGUCUUUAUUAUAUUCGGCAGCAUCAGUAUAGCUCUGGGCAUCCUCGCCCUCAUCAUGCUCCCGGAUCUUCCCUCGACUGCCAAAUUCCUGACCGAGGCCGAGAAAGUGAUUGCCGCGAAGCGUGUCUCCGCCAACCGACAGGGAAUCAAGAACCGCCAUUUCAAGUCGUACCAGAUGUGGCAGACGUUCAGGGACCCCAAGACGUGGAUCUUGUUCGUCAUGGCCGUCGGCGCGCAGGUCCCGAACUCGGCAAUCACUCAGUUCACGUCGCUGGUGAUCAAAUCGUUCAACGUCGACACUUUGGGGACGCAGUACCUUCAGAUCCCGGGCGGCGCGGUCCAGUUCCUCGCCCUCCUCGGCGGGGGCAUCAUCUGCUCCAAGUGGCCGAAUCUCAGAUGCAUCACCAUGAUCGUGGCCAACACGAUCUGCAUCGUGGGGUCCUCGCUACUCGUCGGGUUGCCCGACAGCAACAAGUGGGGCCGGAUGGUCGGGCUAUGGUUGUGUUUUUUCCAAGGCCUGGGCUUCAGCAUGAGUUUGACCAUGGUCAGCUCUAACGUCGCCGGGUAUACGAAGAAGCAACUCACAGCCGCGAUCCUUUUCACCGGCUACUGCGUCGGCAACAUUAUUGGACCGCAAACCUUCAAGUCGAGCGAGGCGCCGCGAUACCAUUCCGCCUACGUGGCCAUGCUGGUCGGGUACACGAUCAAGCUGGUGGCAAUCGUCGUCUUGUACAUCUACAUGUUCCUCGAGAACAAGAGACGGGACCGCGAGGCCGCCGCGUCGGGCGUGGUGGAGGUGGACGAGGAGAAAGAGGCCAUCGAAAUGGGCAUGCACGACGUCACGGAGCUGGAUAACAAGGGCUUCAGAUAUACGCUCUAA